CACCUUUACUUUGUCAAUUUCUGCGCUUUCAUUGAAUUGCGUUGCAAGAGAGCUGCAUCGAUCCACAGCCUGCAGCAAUCCCAGCACGACAACGUACACUACUGUCCCUUAACAGAUGAGGACUACAUCAUCACACUGGUUUAUUAUCAACCGGGUGGACCAAAUUCGCACUUUCCCUGGAAGAAGUGAGAACCAACACCGUGGGAGAGAGAUUUCCCGUCGUAGAAGCGUCACUUCUCUGUAGUUGGCUAAUGAUUUUCAUUAAUUCCCAACUUGUCUUAAUCCACCGAGGACAAAACACAGCGAUGAUAAGACUUCAGGACGCUCAUGAGAGUUUUAUUUCGUCAUUUUAUCUCUGAAUUUCGACAUUAAGUGCACCACAACCGGGCAUUAAAAGGAUUAAAACCGAGAUUUGUGGGUUUUGUGAAAGGAAAUACAAUGCCGGACCAGAUCACAGUGGCGGAGUUUGUGGCGGAGACGAAUGAAGAUUAUAAAUCGCCCACCGCCUCAAACUUCACCACUAGAAUGACUCACUGCAGGAAUACUGUAGCCGCACUGGAGGAGGCCCUGGAUGUGGACCGCAGUGUCCUUUACAAGAUGAAGAAGUCAGUUAAGGCCAUUUACGCCUCCGGUCUGGCUCAUGUGGAGAACGAGGAGCAGUACACUCAAGCUCUGGAGAAGUUUGGAGAGAACUGUGUGUACAGAGAUGAUCCUGACCUGGGAUCAGCAUUCCUGAAGUUUUCUGUCUUCACCAAGGAGCUCACAGCCUUAUUCAAGAACCUGUUUCAGAACAUGAAUAACAUAAUUACCUUCCCAUUGGACAGUCUGCUGAAGGGUGAUCUGAAAGGGGUUAAAGGGGAUCUCAAGAAGCCCUUUGAUAAAGCCUGGAAAGACUAUGAGACUAAAGUCUGCAAGGGACAUUCUUUACUGAAAGGUUCUAAAAUAGAGAAGGAGAAAAAAGAGCACGCCCGACAGCAUGGAAUGAUCAGGACUGAGAUCAGUGGAGCGGAGAUAGCAGAAGAGAUGGAAAAGGAGCGCCGUUUCUUUCAGCUUCAGAUGUGUGAGUACCUCCUCAAAGUCAAUGAGAUCAAGAUCAAGAAAGGUGUCGACCUGCUCCAGAAUCUCAUCAAAUACUUUCAUGCACAGUGCAACUUCUUUCAGGAUGGUCUCAAAGCAGUGGACAACCUCAAACCCUCAAUAGAAAAACUCGCCACAGACUUGCACUCGAUCAAACAGGUACAGGAUGAAGAACGCAGGCAGCUAACCCAAUUACGGGACGUGCUAAAGACCGCUCUGCAAGUGGAGCAGAAGGAGGACUCACAGGUUAGACAGAGCGCCACCUACAGUCUACACCAGCCCCAGGGCAACAAAGAACAUGGGACGGAGCGCAGCGGGAACCUUUACAAGAAGAGUGAUGGGUUGCGGAAAGUGUGGCAGAAGAGAAAGUGCACAGUGAAGAACGGUUAUUUGACCAUCUCACACGGGACGGCUAACAGACCUCCUGCCAAACUCAAUCUUCUCACCUGUCAGGUGAAGCACAACCCAGAGGAGAAGAAAAGUUUUGACCUCAUCUCCCAUGACAGAACGUAUCAUUUCCAGGCAGAGGAUGAACCAGAGUGUCAAAUAUGGAUCUCAGUGCUGCAGAACAGCAAGGAGGAGGCGCUCAACAACGCCUUUAAGGGUGACCAGCAUGUUGGCGAGAACAACAUUGUGCAGGAGCUGACCAAGGCCAUCCUGGGAGAGGUCAAGCGGAUGGCGGGUAACGACGUCUGCUGUGACUGCGGAGCUCCCGGUCCCACGUGGCUCUCCACCAACCUGGGCAUCCUGACUUGUAUCGAAUGUUCAGGGAUCCACCGGGAGUUGGGUGUGCACUACUCCAGAAUCCAGUCACUAACACUGGAUGUUCUCAGCACCUCAGAGCUCUUGCUGGCCAAGAACGUGGGGAAUGCUGGAUUUAAUGAAAUCAUGGAAGCUUGUUUGACAGCAGAAGAUGUGAUCAAACCAAAUCCGGCCAGUGACAUGCAGGCGAGGAAAGACUUCAUCAUGGCCAAGUACACAGAGAAGCGCUUUGCUCGUAAGAAGUGUCCUGACGCGCUGUCGAAGCUGCACACGCUCUGUGAUGCUGUGAAGGCACGGGAUAUUUUCUCUCUCAUUCAGGUCUACGCUGAGGGGGUGGACCUAAUGGAGCCGAUUCCUCUGGCCAAUGGCCAUGAACAAGGUGAGACGGCCCUUCAUCUGGCCGUGAGACUGGUGGACAGAACCUCCCUUCACAUCAUAGACUUCCUCACCCAGAACAGUUUAAACUUGGAUAAGCAAACGGCUAAAGGAAGUACAGCGCUGCAUUACUGCUGCCUGACGGACAACAGCGAGUGUCUCAAACUUCUGCUGAGAGGAAAAGCCUCUAUAGACAUCGCUAAUGAGGCUGGUGAGACCCCGCUUGACAUCGCCAGGCGACUCAAACACCUGCAGUGUGAGGAACUGCUGAACCAGGCACUAGCAGGGAAGUUCAAUGCUCAUGUGCAUGUGGAGUACGAGUGGAGACUACAGCAUGAAGACCUGGAUGAGAGUGAUGAAGAUCUGGAUGAGAAGUCCAGUCCUCACCGGCGGGACGAGAGGCCCAUCAGCUGCUACACACCGGGCAGUAAUUCCCUUCAGCCCAGUCCGGCCAGCCUGGCACGAGACGCACGAGACAUGGUCAAAGACAAGCAGCGAUUCGUGCCCAACCUGGUCAACAACGAGACCUAUGGAACCAUUAUCAACACCAACUCACCGGUCACCCUGUCCACCUCUGCUCCUCCUCUACCACCCCGAAAUUUAGUACAACCGUCUGGUCUUUCUGGAAUGGCUCAGGGAUCGCCCGGUUGGAAACCUGGCUCCCUAGAUCUGACCGGCAGACAGAGAUCUUCCUCUGACCCUCCCAACAUGCAUCCCCCAGCGCCCCCCUUACGGGUCACAUCCACUUCCCUUCUUGUACCCAGCGGUGCUCCCCCUCCUGUGGCUAAAACUGCCAGUAUAAUGGAGGCCAAGAAUAUACAACCCAAACCCGGACAGGGGCCUCCUGGUCAGAACAUCAACCGAGCUACAAGCGCGGACAAAAACUUCAGUAAAAGCACACUGAUGCGCUCCGGAUCCAUCGAGAGACCAGGUAGAUGUCAGAGAAACCAUGUUAACUCUAAGGAAGUUCCUGGAGGCCCCCAAAACACCACUGGUCAAACUCUGCCCGCUACCCACAUGCCCAGGAAAACUUACCUGAAGCCGAAGCGUGUGAAGGCCAUGUAUAACUGUGUGGCUGAUAAUCCAGAUGAGCUGACGUUCUCUGAGGGAGAGGUCAUCGUGGUGGAUGGUGAGGAGGACCAGGAGUGGUGGCUGGGCCACAUUGAGGGAGAGCCAAUGAGAAGAGGGGCAUUUCCUGUCACAUUCGUGCAAUUCAUUAUGGACUGAAGGGCCGGAGAUCACGGACACUGAGUUGGACUGAUGACGGCACUUCUCUGCCUCUGUGUGGCCUCACUAACCAUCAUCAUCAUCAUCAUCGCUGUUCCCUUUGUCAUAAAGCUUGUCUUCACUGAGCUUCCACUAAUCCCUGCUCUCACCUGGCUUGAGCAGAGUCACUGGAAUAUAAAAGCUUCCUAGGCUUUGGAUUUUUCUUUUGUUUUUAAGUUUGUGGCCUAGAUAUGUUGCAGAACGACAGUUUGUUGCAAUAAAUGCACUUUUGACUUAAUUUAUCAUGACCACAAUGCUAAUGAGAUGAAUGUCACCAAGAUGAAGGUUUUUUUGUCCGAGAUCAUUCACAUCCUUAUUCCUUUUAGACACAAUAGAUAGCGUAAGGUUGAUUUUGAAGUACAGUACCCAUUAUCUGUGAAUACAGUCUUAUUUGCCCACAUUCCAUGUCUGGCAAGGAAAGGCAGAAGGAUAAUCUGAGAAUCACUGACUUUCAAGGACUUGGUUGGAAAAGACAGCUUCGUCAAUGGUGCUAAGCCAGGAAUAUGCUACGAGAGCUGUCUGCUUACGGAGGGGGAGCUCCGAUGUUCCCAUUUUCACACUACCUGCCCCAGUGCUGAGUGUAUAAAUAGGCGUUCCACCACUCACAUCUGGGAAAUAUCUGAAGUGCACUGUGGAUGUGAGAGAUGGAGAAACAGACAGACAUAAGAGCGCUUUCGUGCUGGCUAAGGGACAGGGAACAUGGAGACUGAAUGAAAGUAAUCUUGACCCUGUACCUGCUGGGAGUUUUGAGCGCCGUGACAGUCUUCGUGAACAUUCAGUGGCAUCCAGGGAGAGGAAAGGAGCCAGUGAAGAGCAUCAAGGAGGUUUAUUUCUGUAUAGAUAUUUAUAAUUCUGAGCUGUCCUUCUGUGUUCUUGAUUUAGAUGCUCUUAUUGAUUUUAAUGAUCUUCCUUCAGUGUGUAGGCUGUUUGCCUCGAGAGGCCUGUGGAACGGUGUCAUUUCUCAACUGGCUCAUUUUUUCUUAAAGCGAUAGACCAAAAAUGAAAAUUUGGUCAUUUACUUACCUUCAUGUUCUUUCAAAUUGUGCAAAAGAGCAUGUACUGCACAAUGUCCAGAGUGCUUUUUCAUAAUGGGGACUGUUAAUGUUAGGCACUAUAAAAGUGAUCCAUAAGAUUAAUUUGCUAUAUUCCAAGUCUUCUGAAGUCCUACUGUAACUUUGUGUGAGAAACAGACCAAUAUUUAAAGGGAAAUUAUUUACUCAUACUUACGUCAUUCCAAACCUGUGUAACUUACUUCUGUGGAACACAAAAGAAGAUAUUUUGAAGAACAUGGGAACCAAACAUUGGAGCACACUGACUUCCUUUGUAUGGACAAAAACAACAUUUCUCAAAAUAUCUCCUUUUUUGUUUCGCAGAAGAAAGUCAUACGGGUUUGGAAAAACAUGAGGGUGAAUAAAAAGACAUAAUUUUCAUUUUUGGGUGAACUAUCCUUUUAAGUUGUUAUUUGCUAAAAAUUAAACCUGGCUUGACAUGAAAAACAA